CCCAACAGAGUACCAUUAUCUCUACAGUCACAUACAUACAUAUACACUCAUAUGUGCACUUCUCUCUCCUCACUUUCUCUUCCAAGCCUCUGCUAAUAUUCACAAUCCUUUAAAAAUAUAUCUAUAUAUAUUAACCCAAAAAAAAAAAAAAAAACAUAUUUAACCCUAAACCAAGAAACUUUUUAGUUCUUUUCAUUCUUUUUUUUUUUUUUUUUUUGGUGUGAUACAUUGAUCGAUUUUGCGUUGCAUCAGAGUAGUGAUCAAUCGCCGAAGACUGUAAUGGCAACCUCUAUUCCGGCAGUUUCAGGGCAACAAGUUGAGGCGGCGGCGGCCCCAUCGCCGUCGUCGGGAGGAGGAGGGUUCGGCAAUGUGUCUCUGUACGUGGGGGACCUCGACCCGACCGUGAACGAAAGCCAACUGUACGAUCUGUUCAGCCAGGUGGCCCAAGUCGUGUCUGUGAGGGUUUGUAGAGAUCAAACCAAGCGAGUCUCGCUCGGCUACGCUUACGUUAAUUUCGGCAACGCUCAAGAUGCUGCUAAUGCACUUGAGAUUUUAAAUUUCACACAAAUCAAUGGAAAGCCAAUUAGAAUAAUGUUUUCUCACCGAGAUCCUACCAUUCGCAAAAGUGGAUUAGCGAAUGUUUUCAUCAAGAAUUUGGAUGCAUCAAUAGACAACAAGGCAUUGCAUGAAACUUUUGCCGCUUUUGGUAGUGUGCUGUCUUGCAAGGUAGCCAUUGAUGCCAAUGGUCAAUCAAAAGGCUAUGGGUUUGUGCAGUUUGACCAGGAAGAAGCUGCACAAAAUGCAAUCAAACGGUUAAAUGGCAUGUUGAUGAAUGAUAAACAAGUUUAUGUUGGCCUUUUUGUCCGUCGCCAGGAAAGAAAUAGGGUGAAUGGAUCACCAAAGUUCACUAAUAUUUAUGUGAAAAAUUUUUCUGAGACUACUACUGAUGAGGACCUUAUGAAAAUUUUUGGCAAGUAUGGUUUGAUCACCAGUGCAGUUGUUACGAGGGAUGCAAAUGGAAAGUCCAGAUGUUUUGGUUUUGUAAAUUUUCAGAACCCAGAUGAUGCUGCUGCUGCAGUAGAGAACUUGAACGGGUCCUCUUUAAAUGAUGACAAAGUUUUGUUUGUGGGGAAGGCUCAAAGGAAAGCAGAAAGAGAGGCAGAAUUGAAAGCCAAAUUUGAACAAGAAAGAAACAGUAGAUUUGAAAAAUUACAAGGUGCUAAUUUAUAUCUCAAAAAUCUUGAUGACAGCGUAACUGAUGAAAAACUGAAGGAGUUAUUCUCCGAGUUUGGAACCAUAACAUCAUGCAAGAUCAUGCUUGAUCCACAAGGGGUGAGUAAGGGUUCUGGUUUUGUGGCCUUCUCUACCUCCGUGGAAGCUACAAGAGCUUUGAAUGCGAUGAAUGGCAAGAUGAUUGGACAGAAACCUUUAUAUGUUGCCGUGGCCCAGCGCAAAGAUGAAAGGAGGGCACAAUUGCAGGCACAGUUUGCUCAAAUACGAGCACCAAGUGGAAUAGCUCCUUUACCUACAGGGAUGCCUGGAUUUCACCCUGGUACACCUAGACUUGCUCCUCAGCAGUUGUAUUUUGGUCAAGGUACGCCUGGUCUGCUACCUCCUCACCCUGCUGCCUAUGGCUUCCAGCAGCAACUCUUGCCUGGUAUGCGCCCAGGUGUUGCCCCAAAUUUCAUUAUGCCAUUCCAACUUCAAAGGCAAGGACAACCUGGACAUCGAGUAGGCGCCAGAAGAGGUGGGAACCCUCAACAGAUGCAGCAACAGUUGGUGCAUCGUAACUCCAACCAAGGCUUAAGAUACAUGGCCAAUGCACGAAAUGGGAUGGACCCGUCUAUGGUUCCUCAAGGUCUCUUGACUCCAAUGAUGCCAUUGCCUUUUGAUGCUCAACGUCCUGGGCCAGUGCCGAUGUCAGCACUUGCUUCUGCUUUGGCUUCUGCUUCUCCUGAAAAUCAGCGCCUGAUGCUAGGGGAACAGCUGUUUCCGCUUGUGGAGCGGAUCGAGCAUGAAAAUGCUGGAAAAGUAACGGGCAUGUUGCUAGAGAUGGACCAGACUGAGGUGCUCCAUUUGAUUGAGUCUCCAGAUGCUUUGAAGAGGAAAGUUGCUGAGGCCUUGGAUGUCCUCCAUUUAUCAGCACCAGGAUCUGAUGUCGGUGAUCAGCUAGGCUCAUUGUCGUUGAAUGAAUGAAGCAUAUACCCAAUUUUGCUUAGAGCAUAUACAUUUCUUCAUUUGUGUGCCCAGUUUUUAUUAGGGCUUUGACGAAGCUAUGAUUGAUUGUCGGGGUUUUUUUGCCUAUACUAAUUUUUAGGAUCUAAGGGUGACCAUUGAUUCAAUGGUAAAACUUUGACCUAAUAACCUUGAGGUUAUGAGUUCAAGUCUCAGGGCAAUCACUUUGUGCACUAUGCCAAAUGUUAGGUGUGUGCCUAAUCUUUUCCCUCAGAUACACACAUUAAUGUUUACUUUUUGGGCGUUGUUACUAAUAUUUAGGAUCUGUUCAACUUUUGAGGGUGACAAUGGUGUUCAUUGCUGAUUUUGUUUUAGGCUUCUGACUUGGUAUGGUGGGAUGUUGAAUACCUGGGAUUACUAGGAUUAUUAUUUUUGUCAGUUUGUUUAGGUUAUCCGUCAUUUUGACAUUUUUCUGAUGAGUAGUUGGUUGUUUUUGUUUUGACUUCUAUUUAUUCAGCUAUUAUUUUGAUCUUGAUCUUAA